GAGCAAUCUCGCCAACACCUUCCCGAGACCAGGAUCACGAUCGAACACCUCUACACUCCCUUGAAGCCGUUUAAUCAGCCCAGACAUUGCGACUCUCGGCAUGAGACCGUAACGGCUAUGCAUUCACGAAAUCUGACUUAGACCCAACUGUAUCUCAACAUCCCGUCGCAUUCGCCUCGCACACCGGCCAGUCUCUGCCUGUCCUCGAGGCUGCGAAACUACAAAAGUCGCCAAUCUAUAUGAGCUAUGGUUGCUAGUAGACUAUGGUCUGCGUAUUGCGGGGCUCUGGUCCGCAAACCCCUUCAAACUCGGAUGAUAGCUUCGGGCACGCUAUUCGGUGUCGGAGACAUUGUCGCUCAGCAAGGAUUCGAGCAUCGGGGCUUGGAGCACGACCUACUUCGUACCGGUCGGACCGUCUUCUAUGGUACCUUCAUCUUUGCCCCGCUCGUCAAUACAUGGCUCGGGGUCGUGGAAAAGGUCAAACUUCGGAGCAAGGUUGGAACGGUCAUCGCUCGAACAAGCCUAGACAUCUUUUGCUGGGGAAGCUUUAUCACCACCGUGUACUGGACGGCCACGGGAUUUCUCGCUGGCAAAUCGACUCAGCAGGUCAAGGACAGACUUGAACUCGUCUUUCCACAAGCCAUCUUCACCUCGUGGACGGUAUUCGGCCCGGCUCAACUUGUCAACUUUUCUGUCGUUCCACCAUUGCACAGAAUGCUCUUCACGCAGGUAGUCGGCCUAGGCUGGAAUAUCUUCUUAUCUAUAGCAAACAACCGCACUAGUCAGACAGAGGCGAUGAGGAUGCGAGCGAAAUCCCUCGCCGUCGAUCAGAUUGGUAUCUAAUCAUUCCCAAAGAUCGGGAAGGCUACGGCCACCCUCCAAAUAGAUGAGAAACCACGCGUGAUAACGACCUGUUGUAUCGGAUAACCUUGACGCACUCGACGAUACUUUCUUCGAAUGCAACGUAUCAGUUUCGCCUUGUACACACGAUAGAUGCGUAGAUGUCGUCAAUAGCUGCCUAGAAGUCGGGCGAUACCCGCUCGACGGUGAAACAGUCUGAUUACGUA